AUGAAUGUAGUGUGGCUCACUAUGCCACCUGUGUCGCCGCCAGACAUGAUGGGCUUUCUGUUCAAGAAGGGGGAUUGGAACACAGCCUACCACAGGCGCUGGUUCAUCCGGAAGGGCAACAUGCUGUUCUACUUUGAGGAGUGUGAGAGCCAGGAACCCAUCGGUAUCAUCGUGUUGGAGUGCUGCACCGUGAUGCUCUGCAAGUCAGCUGAAGAGCUUGCCUUCACCAUUAAGUUUGACUGCGCCAAGGUGUGUGUCUACAAGAUGGCUGCAGCGAACCAGGCAGCCAUGGAAUCUUGGAUGAAGGCUGUGUCAUGA